AUGGCCUUCGAUCGCUACAUUGCCAUAUGUGACCCUCUGAGAUACACCACCAUCCUCACCAACGCACGGAUAGCUAAGCUAGGACUAGUGGGUAUGAUAAGAGCUGUUCUCUUCAUUCUGCCUGGGUCCCUGCUCCUCAGCAGGCAGCCAUUCUGUGCUAACCGCAUUAUCCCCCAUACGUACUGCGAGCACUUAGCUGUGGCGAAGAUGUUGUGUGCGGACAUCACAAUCCACAUGACGUACAACUUGGUGAUACUGUUUGUAGUCAUUGGGUCAGACCUGACACUCAUUGCCCUGUCCUAUGGUCUGAUCGUCAGGGCCGUCCUCAGAAUCUCCUCCAAGAAAGCCCACCAGAAGACCCUCAACACCUGCACAGCCCACAUCUGUGUGAUGCUGACCUCUUAUUCUCCCUCCGUCUUCUCCUCUCUGACACAGCAGUUUGGUCAGGGCAUCGCUCCCCAUGUUGACAUCAUCUUGGCAAACAUCACUUUCCUCAUCCCCCCCAUGCUCAACCCUAUCAUUUAUGGCGUCAAAACCAAAGAGCUUCGUGACAAAGUGGUCAAAUACAUCUGCAGAACAUGA